AUGCUGAAGGGGAAAUGGAAUGCAGCUACACAUCCAUUUCAACAGGCCGAUCGAAAUGAAAGGAAUUUUUUCGAGAAUUCAGCUGCAAAUGGUACUGCUUUUUCGUUGGGUACUAAUUUAGAUCGUAAUGGUGGCAGGCAAACUGAUUUCAAUCGAAGAUUUGGAAAUGAACAAAAUCGACGUACCAAGGUGGUGAAAGACGAAUGGGAUGUUGAUAAUAAUCAUGACAUAAAGCAUGAUCACAAAGACCAUGAUAAAUUUAAUCAAGAUAGCAGUAAAACGAAUCCGAUUGAUAUGGCCCGUGCCAUUUAUAGAGAUUUUGACGGAUUCAAACGAGGUAGCGAUAAAUCAAAUCCAGAUGUUCGGAAUUCUAAUAAACGCCGAGAAAAUAAUACUUGGCAAAACAAUCAAAAAACUCGCUUUUUUCGACCUCGAAAAAUCAGACUUGCAACACAUAUACCAAAUGACAGGCCACUCACAGAAAUUUACAAUGAGGAUGAAAAGAAUGCCCAAAAUUUCGUUGAUAAUAUCGACCUUAGUAUUACUGUUGAAGGGGUAACAGGUGAUGAACAUCACGCAGUUUCAAACUGGGAUCAGUCAGGAUUUGAACUGUCAUUACUGAAGAAUAUCAAGAAAUGUCAUUAUUUUUCGCCUAGACCAAUACAAUCGGCUGUUAUACCUUUAAUACGAAAUGGUUUUGAUAUACUGGGACACGCUGAAACAGGUAGUGGUAAAACUGCGGCGUUCAUAUUGCCAUUGGUUGACAAAAUCUUAAAAAAUUUCGUGAAUUUCGGUAAAUCUACAAAUAAUGGAUAUCGUCAUCCUAUAGCACUAAUUAUUGCACCGACUCGUGAGCUGGUUUUACAGCUGUAUGAUCAAGCACGGAAAUUUGUGGAAGAUACUGAAGUAUCAGUUGCCAAACUUUAUGGGCAGAUUAAAGUAAGCGAAAGUUUGGCAGAAAUUGAUCGUGGUUGCGAUUUGCUUUUUUGUACCAUUGGGCGAUUAGAAGACUUUAUUAAUAGAGGAUAUGUAAAACUUGGUGGUGUGAAGUAUUUCGUUUUGGAUGAAGGUGACCAAAUGCUUGCUAACCAACGUUUUUUGAAUUUCAUGAUGUAUCUUAUAGAAAAAACUGAUUUUCCUAAGAAGGAUGAGCGUCAGAGUCUUCUAUUUAGUGCAACCAUCUCAUCAGGAGUUCAGCAGCUGGCACGAUUUGUUUUAAAAGAAAAUUGUGUUUUUGUAUCGAACGGUAAAGUGACCGCUCCUAAUGUUCGGGUUGAACAAAAUUUUAUAGAGGUCAAAGAAAACAAAAUCGACGAUCUUAUAUCACUACUAGUACAAGAAAAAAACAUUAGUCGUACUUUGGUAUUUGUUCGACUGAAGCAGAAGACGGAUGCUAUUGCAAUAUACUUAUCUAAUAAAGGAAUUCAAGCAACGAGUAUACAUGGUGAUCGCGAUCAAAGUCAAAGAGAAUUGUCUCUUAGAAAUUUUCGUGAUGGAACGGCUAAAGUCCUUGUUGCGACUGAUGUUUGCGCCAGAGGGCUUGAUAUCUAUGGUUUGAAACAUGUUAUCAAUCUCGAUUUGCCGGCAGACAAAUUAACCUAUAUUCAUCGUAUUGGACGAACAGGUCGUUUAACUAAAGGCAAAGCCACUUCGUUUGUUGAUCCACGAAAUCCUUAUGACAGGGCAUUUGCGAAGGAUCUUGUUGAGGUUGUUCGUGAGGCACAGCAAGAAGUCCCAAAAUUUCUUUUAAAUUUAGCUGAAGGUUGUUAUGGACUAGAAAAUGAUGAUCAGAAACGAGCCGAUUUUGCAUCCAUUGAUAUGAAUGAUAAGAGUACAUUGAAGGAUCGAUUCGUUUCUGAAUCUUCUACCAUCAUAUCGCAUUUUUUAUCACGCCCUGCAUCACCUCCCAGUAUGGCUUUCAAUGAUUCAUGGGAUGGUUAG